AUGGGCAAUAAUUUGAGACAAAUUUUGACAUUAAAAAAUGCAGGUGAAGGUACAUAUAUUACUUUAGUUUUGAAUAUUUCUCUUCCUCAAUGGCUUGUGGCUGAUCAAAUCUUAACUUUAGUCGAGUUCAAUAGUCAAAUUAAUCGGUAUGUCCCAGAUACAGGCAAACUUUAUUGUCAAUGUAACGACGAAAAACACGAGAGUAAAUCGACUAUUCUACUAAAUGAAUACAUUCGUUUAUGUAUCACUAUUCGACAUCAUACUGAUCUACAAGAAGUUUUCAGUGAACUAUGCGAUACUGGAAGACCGAUUGUUGAUUUAAGACGAAUAUUUCCAUUAUUAAUCAAGGAAUUAGGUACAUUCGAAUAA